AUCUGAAUGUUCGCCUUGGGUACCGUUAUUUUGUAGUGUCUACGCAGUAAUAAAUUAAGAGUCUAAACUAUUUUCAGAGUGUUUAUAGCUCAUUUGGUUCUACAUAAUGUCGAUGGAGUUGACUCGGAAGCGAUUUAUGAGUUGAGGAACUUUUCUCGUUCAUCAAACAAAAUCUAAACAAUCAAAACAAUUCCAAAUCAUUGCAUCAUGUUAUAGAAAAAUUCAUGAAUUAUUUGAAUAAAUAAGAGUAGUAAAUAAAAACGUUCGAUAAAUGAAUUCAAUGAAAUAAAGACUUGAUGAACUUGUUUCUGUAAUUUUUUUUUUGUUCUCCUGUUAUUAUUUUUUGUAUACCUUCCUCAUAUGUAUAAACGACUAGGCAUUAAAGAAGACACAUUGAAGAUAAAAUAAGAUCGAAACAUAUCAUAACAAACAGUCCUCAUCGAAAUUUUAUUAUUAUAAUAUUGGUUAAAGAAUGAUCAAGUAUCAGAGAAAUGUAGAAUAUUGUUUUUACUAUCAGGUCGUUUGUAGAAAGUUUCUUUAAGCUUUUUUUUCAUUAAGAAUUUUAAACUUCUCCGUCAUUACUUCUAGUAUAUCUUAAAAUAAUUUUUCUUUUUCUUUUCGAUUCUUUAGGUGCCUAGUGGAAAAGAAUUAUUAGCAUUUUUAUUUAAUGAUUUUCUUCUAUGUUCAACUAUGAAAUCAUCAUCAGCUAAUUGGCAAACACAAUUAUUUGAACAAAAAUCAACUUUACAAUUAAAACUUUAUCGUUUGCCAUUAUUUUUAACUGAUAUUAUCAUUGCUAACGAAUCACUCAAUGAUCAAUUAACGUUUUCUAUUGCAUCGAAAAUUCAUGAGAAACCAUUAGUAUUAAAAACACAACAAACUAAUGUUCGUACUUUAUGGGUAAAAUCAAUUAAUAAUGCUGUUGAAGAAUGUCAAGCAGCAGAAAAAUCAAUUCUAGCUGAUAAAGCAAUGUUUACAAUUACAGAUAAUAAACGUAAUUCAAGAGCAGCUGUUGCACGUCUUCUUCUCGUUGUACAAGAAGCUCUAGAUUUAAUGCCAUCAAGUAGAACACUCGAACGACAUCGUUCUGUUGAUCCGUAUUGUGAAAUAACUGUCUGUUCAUUAACAUUAAAAACACCAUUUGUUAAACGAACAGUUAAUCCAAAAUGGAACGCACCUAUGCAAUUUCUCUUAUAUAAUCUUAAUGAAGAUAUUAUUCAUAUCAAUAUAUUUGAUAACGAAUAUUUUUCACCCAACGAGAACCUCGGUUAUACAUCAGUACAUCUGGUUGAUAUCCUUCCAUGUCCACUUGAUACAUUCCUCACUAAACCUUCACUUCCAUUUACUCAAAAAGUUUAUCUUAAUAAUGGAUCAUCAGUUAUUAUUAAAUGUGUUGUUCAAAUUUUAACAACAUCAAACUAG